AUGGUUCAUUCCUCUUCCCAGAUCCAGCUCGCCGUUGAAGCUGCAGAGAUGCAUGUCAACUGCUUCCUUUUCUGUCCCUCUCCCUCAUCUCUCCCUUCCGCAAUGCACCCGCCUGCUCCCUCGCAAUCUUCUGCACCUCCUUGUGUCGCAGCUGUCGCCAUCCUCUUGCUUCCCUCGCCGCUAGCUUUCCCAUGCCUUCCGGCCCUCGAUAGUCAUUCGCUUGCCUUCCGCCGCAAACAUGCCUGA